GGCUGGCGAGAGCGAAGGCCGCGGAGGAGCAGCAGCCGCCGCAGCAGCGCUUUGGGCCGGUGCGGCCAGCGGGGCGGGGAGCGACGGCGGCGGCGGCGGCCAAAGCGUUAAGGGCCGCCGAACGGCGGGAGGCACAGAGUGCGAAGAAUUCUAGACAUAAGAGCCAUGGAUAGGAGAAACGUGGCUGAAACAGAGAAUGGCGAUGCUUUCCUUGACCUGAAGAAGCUGCGGGCCUCCAAAUCCCCCCAUCGCUAUACAAAAGAGGAGCUCUUGGAUAUCAAAGAAAGGCCCCAUUCCAAGCAGCGGCCUUCGUGCCUCUCGGAAAAAUACGACAGUGAUGGUGUCUGGGACCCAGAGAAGUGGCAUGCCUCUCUCUACCCAGCUUCAGGGCGAAGCUCACCUGUGGAAAAUCCGAAGAAAGAGCUGGAUGCAGAGCGGCCAUCCCUGGUGCGCAGGAUAGUAGAUCCACGGGAGCGCGUAAAGGAAGAUGACCUAGACGUUGUCCUCAGCCCGCAGAGACGAAGCUUUGGCGGCGGCUGCCACGUGACGGCUGCUGUCAGCUCCCGGCGUUCAGGGAGUCCCCUGGAGAAAGACAGCGAUGGACUUCGCCUGCUCGGGGGCCGCAGGAUCGGCAGCGGCAGGAUCAUCUCGGCUCGGACCUUUGAGAAAGAUCACCGCCUCAGUGAUAAGGACCUCCGGGACCUGAGAGACCGCGACCGCGAGAGGGACUACAAGGACAAGCGCUUCCGGAGAGAGUUUGGGGAUAGUAAGCGUGUGUUUGGCGAGCGUAGAAGAAAUGACUCUUACACUGAAGAAGAACCGGAGUGGUUUUCAGCCGGACCCACCAGUCAGUCGGAAACCAUUGAACUUACUGGAUUUGAUGAUAAGAUCCUAGAAGAAGAUCACAAGGGGAGAAAAAGGACCAGGCGAAGGACGGCCUCCGUGAAGGAAGGCCUAGUCGAGUGCAAUGGAGGCGUGGCCGAAGAGGAUGAGGUGGAGGUCAUCCUUGCACAGGAGCCUGCUGCUGAUCAGGAAGUGCCAAGGGAAGCUGUCUUGCCUGAGCAGUCUCCAGGAGAAUUUGACUUUAAUGAGUUCUUUAACCUUGAUAAGGUGCCAUGCUUGGCUUCGAUGAUAGAAGAUGUUUUGGGAGAAGGCUCCGUCUCUGCCAGUCGGUUCAGCAGGUGGUUCUCUAACCCUAGCCAAUCUGGGAGCCGCUCCAGCAGUCUCGGAUCAACACCCCACGAAGAGCUGGAGAGACUUGCAGGUCUGGAGCAAGCCAUCCUCUCUCCUGGACAGAACUCGGGGAAUUAUUUUGCUCCUAUCCCAUUGGAAGACCAUGCAGAAAACAAAGUAGAUAUUUUAGAAAUGCUACAGAAAGCCAAAGUGGAUUUAAAACCUCUUCUUUCCAGUCUUUCUGCAAAUAAAGAAAAACUCAAGGAGAGCUCACAUUCAGGGGUUGUGCUGUCAGUGGAGGAGGUGGAAGCAGGGCUCAAGGGCUUGAAGAUGGACCAGCAGGUGAAGAAUUCAACCCCCUUCAUGGCAGAGCACCUGGAGGAGACCCUGAGCGCCGUAACCAGCAAUCGGCAGCUCAAGAAAGACGGAGAUAUGACUGCUUUCAACAAGCUGGUGAACACCAUGAAAGCCAGUGGGACUCUGCCUUCACAACCCAAAGUCAAUCGAAACCUUGAGAGCCAUUUGAUGUCCCCUGCUGAGAUCCCAGGCCAGCCUGUCCCUAAGAACAUCCUGCAGGAACUUCUGGGUCAGCCAGUGCAGAGACCUGCUUCUUCCAAUCUUCUGAGUGGCCUCAUGGGAAGCCUGGAGCCUGCGCCUUCGAUGCUGGGUCAGAGAGCGCCCUCACCCCCCUUGUCCCAAGUGUUUCAGACUCGAGCAGCCUCCGCCGACUACCUGCGCCCAAGAAUACCCUCACCCAUCGGUUUCACGCCAGGACCACAGCAGCUGCUUGGAGACCCCUUCCAAGGCAUUCGCAAGCCCAUGAGCCCAGUCACGGCCCAGAUGAGCCAGCUAGAGUUGCAGCAGUCAGCUUUGGAGGGGCUGGCCUUGCCACACGAACUUGCUGUACAGGCAGCAAGCUUCUACCAGCCUGGUUUUGGCAAGCUGCAGGCGGACAGAACCAGGGAUGGAUUCAGAAACAGGCAACAACGAGUGGCCAAGUCACCAGCACCUGUGCACCGGGGAAACGCCUCAUCCCCCGCACCCGCUGCCUCCAUCACGAGCAUGCUUUCUCCUUCCUUCACCCCUACCUCAGUGAUCCGAAAGAUGUAUGAGAGCAAAGAGAAAACCAAGGAGGAGCCUGCCUCUGGGAAAGCAGCUCCAAGCGAUAGGACGGAAGACGCUCCCAAGGCCAGUGAAGAGAACCUCCUGUCGUCCAGUUCACUACCCAGUGCCGACAGAGACGCCUCUCCCACUAGAAACCCCAAACUGUCAACGCUACAGCGGCCCUCAUGCUCCACCCCUCUGUCCCAGGCCAGCCGUUACACCAAAGAACAGGAUUACCGACCUAAAGCCACAGGCAGAAAAACCCCCACCCUGGCAUCACCAGUUCCAGGCGCUCCUUUCCUCCGCCCUGUCCAUCAAGUCCCCCUUGUCCCCCACGUCCCUAUUGUCCGACCUGCUCAUCAGCUUCACCCAGGGCUGGUCCAAAGGAUGCUGGCCCAAGGAGUACCUCCACAACACCUCCCAAGUCUGCUGCAAGCUGGUGUGCUUCCUCCUGGGAUGGACCUGACUCAUCUGCAGGGCAUCUCGGGCCCCAUCCUGGGCCAGCCCUUCUACCCUUUACCUGCUGCUAGUCACCCGCUGCUAAACCCGCGGCCCGGGACACCUCUGCAUCUGGCCAUGAUGCAGCAGCAGCUGCAGCGCUCAGUUCUGCAUCCUCCAGGCUCUGGUUCCCAGGCAGCAGCUGUCACCGCCCAGACGACCCCUCAGAGUGUGCCCAGCCGCUCCAGCCUGCCCCACACCCACCCCCCACUGGAGACCCGCCCCACCCAAAGGAGCAACUCCCCCGUGGGCCUCGCCAAAUGGUUUGGUUCCGAUGUGCUCCAGCAGCCCCUGCCCUCCAUGCCCACCAAGGUCAUCAGCGUGGACGAGCUGGAGUACCGGCAGUGAGCAGCAUUCCCCAUGCCUGCACUCAGGCACACCCUGUUGGGACAUGGCUGCCUCGACUCGGGUUGGUUCAGGGGUUUUUUUUUUUUACUUUGGAGCACUUUGUGCAAAGCUGCAGGGGGGCACGCACCGUGUGGUCUGCACUGACAGAUGGAUCUCACCCCAUCGAGUGGGGCCUGCGUGACUGAGCACAGGGUGCACUGUUGUUGAUCCUGGAAAGUCUUUCUUUUGUAAAAUAUGUGAAUGAAGUGUUGGUGUCUUCACCAAGAGGUGGCACCUAAGGGUUUGAGGAAAUUAAUGUAUAGACCCUUAUGUACAGACCUGUGUAUAAACUUGUAUAUACAUAUAGGAUAGCUUUUUUGAACUUAUACAGCUGUACAUAAAAGUAGCUGAUAUUAGUUAAGCCUGUGUCAACAGUUUGGAUUUUUUUCACUUGUACAUUUGGGACUUUUUUCUUUUGGUUGAUUAAAGUUGCAUAUGCAAGUGUGUGGAUGAAA